AUGCCCCAACAACAACCAACAGUAGUCUCCAUUCGCCGUGAUAUGUCCAACUCGCUCCACACUACUUCCCACAACAUGACGCCAAACCAACCCAGCAUACAUCCAAAUUUCCGACAAAAGAUUGUAUGCACCCUGACUUGCAAGCACUGUGAUUCCAUGGUCUGUACGAGGGGGAUGAAGGCUAUCUUGCUUGGUGAUACGAGGGUUGAGUUGUUUUCUACAGAUUUACCACCAAACCGAGUCGAGCUUGUUGACAAGGAUUACACUACACGAAACUGCCGAUGCAAAAUAAGGGAUGUUGCCUGCCUCACUUGCGGAAAUGUCAUUGGAUACCACGUUACUCAACCAUGCGAUGUAUGUCUCGAUGCCUGCAACAAUGGCCACUUCCACAUGUUCCUAUCAGACGGUGUAUUCUCAACAGACAGAAUGGGCCCCGAUGGUCGCAAACCUCUCCUCUGGGCUCAUCUGCCACGCGUCGAACGAGACUACGAAGCUGUUGUUCGUGUCGAUUAUGAGAAUCUGUGUCGUUGA